CCUAUAAAUCCUGGAUUAUUUUUUUGGGCAGACAGCUCUGAAUUUUCCAAAAGCGGCUACAAAGAAAAGCAAUGAUCAACAAAAACAAGGAAAUAACCGCAACAAGCAACACGCAGCCCUCUCUAGUUUUUUAGAAAGAAAGUAUCGCUGAUAGUUCAAAAUGAGCUCUUAUGUUGACUGCUCCAAUCUCAGGCAAACAAGCGAGACAACUUCUCCUAACACUAUGUUUAGUUUCGAUCUGUCUGGGCGCAGGUCCAGCCGUUAUGAGGGUGUUAAUGUGAACGGGGCAUUCACUUGUCCCGUCCCCACGACCUCUGUUGAACGGGAGGAGAUGAAAACUAGCCUGCGUGGCAAUACGGAUACUCCUCUCCCGUCAGGACCACAGAUAACCAUGGUCUCCAGUAGCUCGUCCGUGGACCCAAGCGGGCUCAAAUACGGCAGCGCCACGCUGCUGGGACUAGGGGCAGACAGAGACCCGGAGAGGAGCGCAAAAUCCGGCGGCAACAAGAGCCAGGAGAGCGGGAGAAACGCGGAGAACACGCAAACGGUGAAACAAAACACAAAAGUGACCCAGCGUCCGGACAGUGAGCAGCGACCACAGAUUUAUCCAUGGAUGACAAAACUGCACAUGAGCCACGAAUCGGAGGGUAAGCGGUCCAGGACCAGUUACACCCGCUACCAGACUCUGGAGCUGGAGAAAGAGUUUCACUUCAACCGGUACCUGAGCCGCCGCAGGCGCGUAGAGAUCGCCCACACCCUGUGUCUAAACGAGAGGCAGAUCAAAAUCUGGUUCCAGAACAGACGAAUGAAGUGGAAGAAGGACUCAAAGAUCAAAGUGAAGGAGUAGAAGUGCACCAGUGGAAGGGUGGGGGAGAGCAUGCAGCACGUUUUCAGCCCCACACACUGCACAGUGCUGGAGUGCCGCCUGACCUCCGGAUGAACUGCUAGGAGCAAUGACAUCAUGACACCGCUCUGUGUGCUUCAUCACCAAUUAUGUGUCACUUGCUGCAGUUUGGGACCUAAUGUAUUGAAUAUCAUUCACUUUGAUCAAUCGGUUUACAUUUCUAAAUUAAUUUGCUGCCCAUGCGAUGAUAACCUCACUUUGCUGCACGAAGGGGACACGAGGUUGAGGGGAGCUGGGAGUCCUUCACGCUGCGAGGCUUCGCGCUGCGGUGCACUGAGAGGCUGCACAAAGCUACUCAUAAUCCGUGUUUUUAAUUAGGAUGAAAGUAGUGGAGGCUGGGUGACAGUCUGCAUCAUUUUUUUCAGCUCUGUAUCGUCAUCCUUUGAUAAAACUUUAAGGUCGACCAAUCAAAUAAAGACAAAAUAUUGGACUUGCUUUGGAAAUCACACGAUUAUGGGCAACAGUUUUACGCCACUAAACAAAGCAACACUGCUCUUCCUCCUCUUCUCUUGUCACUUUACUUUCUAACAAGUUGCAGUGGACACAAGUUAGGGCGACCGGACGUGUGAUGUGUUCAGUGAGCUAAUAUGUUUUUUGAGUGGAAAUCUGUCAAGGCAUCAUCCGUGUUGUCUGUCAUAUGCCUGUGAAUCCAAGUCCUUCUGUGUCAUUCAGCGAGUGUAUGUGAUGAUAUUGUGAUGUGCAAUGCAGCCAUGUUUUCUGUCCUUCUGUAAACUUAAGGUGCCCGGUUUAGCCUACACAAGGCCCAGAAUAACUGAUAGAUGCCUCAGUUGUUGAUUGUAACCAAUAAAGACUCGUUAUUAAAAGUAAAAAUACUCAAUAUUCACAUUUCUGUUGUUAUUUCUGGUAUC